AAAAGUUUUUGUUUGACUUGGAGGUGGGUAUGUAUGGUUUUGCCGCCGAUAAUAAUUUUUGAAACAUUGCAGGCCGUAUCCCAAAAGCCGCGCGACUCAACAUCGCUGUUUGUCGUUACCAACCAGCGCGUCUCUCUCUGGUGGACAACGCUGUCCUCUCUGAUCAGUGAUCUUCUCUGCUUCUCUUUAUCAGUUUCCCUUCACAUUUGGAGAGACAAACACUGUAGUAAGGUUUCACACAGUCACUUUCUUCUCGGUUUAGGGUUAUCCAUUCGUACACUUUCAGGUACAGGAAUUCAAUUCGUCCACUCUACUCCGUUUACGGUUUUGGGUUUCUGGUUGGCCGGUUCAUUUUGAUUGAUCAUGUUUUCAUGUGUCGUUUUCUCCACUUUUCCUUGUUUCCUUUGCACCUACAAGAGCUUUUGACAUUUUAUUUGGGUUUUUUUUUUUCUUCCAAUUCUCUUCAGGUUUUUGGUUGUUAAAUUUCUGUUUAUUUGUUUUCUUUAACUUAAUGGCUUCUGUUUCUUUUUUUUUUAUUAUCAUUAUUUUUAUUUUUUAUUUAUUAACUUUGUUUUUUAGGAAGCAUUUGUUAUUGAAUUUUUUAUUACCGUAUAUGUGGUUGGUCAGUAACCUGCAAGCAAUUUAUGGGCUCCUUAGGACAAUGGUUUUCUUGCAGGAUAUCUCCACACCCUGAGUCCGUUGAUAUUUAUACCAACUUAGUAAGAAAUUACCAAAAUUUUUCAAAAUAGGAUGUUCUAAAUUUAGUUAUUCUCUCUUGCUUUUUCUUCAUUUUCAAAUGAGAGAACCAGUACUUUCCCAUUGUGUUUCUUUAAAUAUGUUUCGAUUCUCUUUCACCUCGUUCUAUGUUCCAUUUAUGCUAUCUUCAAUUAUAAUGUAUUAAUUUUUGGCUUGUAUUUCUUAUAUUGUUGCUUGAUUGAUUAAUUCAUGGCAUCCAUUUUGAUUGCAAUAUAUUAACUGAUUUCCUGCCUUUAGAAAUUUGUCACUUGGUGAUCUUUCCACUGUGUUUAACAUAUGUUACUUAUUUGUCCGGGGUUUCUUUGCUGAUCCUUGGUGGAUUUCUAUGCAGCAGUUACAAUCAAAAUUUGGCCAUCCUAACUUUGUUUUUGUGGAAACAGACCUCUGGUGAGAACUGCCUUGCUAUGUUGAGGUAAUGGCAAUUAAUAUGGGUCUCCCACCUUGUAAGAUUUUGCUCACAAUGAGGUCAAUUCAUUAUGUUGCAGCCAGUGAGGAUCUUCAGCACUAGAAGAAGUUCAACCCCUGCAAAUCCCAAAUUGGAAGCUCUUAAACUAGAUUGGAGUUUGGACCCAGCUGCUCAAAUGUCCCAAAGCCUACAUUCCUCCACUUCCACAACCAAGAUUCUCCCUGCCACCAUAAGAUCAGUGUUUUUGUGUGACUGGUGGCUAGAAAAGAUUAAUGGCAAGCGCUUGGCAGUUGGAGGCACUGCUUCUAGAGAGAGAUUAUUAACAAGAGUUUUUAUAUCUGCUCCUAUUUCUAAACGAUACUGUGCCACAAAACUUCAGACAACAGAUGGCAUGACAAUUACAAUUAGCGGUUUAAUUAAUAGGUCUCGCACCCUGCAAAAUGGCAUUCCAUCUAAAGUGUGCGAUCAAUUUCUGCUUGGUUUUCCAUAUGAUUGGGAGGAAUAUGCUACUCUGGGUGAAGAAUCCAGUGCUGGAGCUGCCUCAACAAUAAUUUCAGGCAGAAGUGAAGAUAAUAUACCAUUUUCUCUGAAUGAUCUCCCUGAGACCAGGACACAUGAUCUUUUAUUUUCAACUAUUCAGAAUCUGGAUUAUAAUUUGCUCGCAGAAAGCAUUUGCAACGAGAUACAGAGACCUUUGGGGAACAUUAUUUCCAAGAAAGCUGGAGCAUCAAUCAAUUCAAAUAUGGAAUGUAAGCGUCUGGUAAGAAGUGGGAAAUCUGUACUAAAUGCAGCUCCAAUCAAGUGUAAGAAAGUUAAGACUGAUCAUAAAAGCCAUCAACUUACGAAUAAUGGUGGAGUAGGUGUUUCCACUAGAAGAAUGACUAGAAUGAAAAGUCUGGCUCUACCAUGAAGUAAAAUUUAUGUAACCUGGCAUUUUCACCGUGACUCUCUACUAACAAAACUGGAUUGGUGGUAACAUGAAGUGAUUCAAACUCUAUACUUGCAAAUCCAUUUUCUGUAGAGAAUGGGAAGGCAAAGAAAUCAUGGUACAACAGCAGUCAGAAAUACAGUAUGAUGCUGGAAAUCCAAAUUUGUGUACAGAAGCAUCUCGGUUUUUGAAACUCUGGAAUGGCUCGAGACAUUUAGAUUUUAUUUUAUUUUUCAUUCUUUAGGUGCAGCCUGUUUACUGUAUAAACUCUUUCAUCAAUAUGGGAAAGGCUCAAUGCUGAAAUCUUUGUUUCCAUCUCUUUUCACGUUUUACUCAACUUUUCUGAUGAUUAAUAUUUUGGUUUAGAGCUGUAUUGGACUCGUUCUUUUGGCACGAUUAAA